ACUUUCAGUGGGGCUAAUUUUACGUUUAAGCCCAGGACAAAAAUCACGCUUUUAGUCAGGUCUUUAUUCCAUGUGAAAGCAAAUUUGACCCAAGCAGUUCCAGCCGGGAACCUUCCGUUCACCAGAUUUGUGGAGAAUUGAUGGAUGUUUUACAUUGGGAUGGAACCCUUUCUGCAAAGGAUUUCAGAAUUGGUGCUUUCGCGUUUGCUCAGAAAUGGGAAAGUUGUAACUUAGCUUUUCCCCCAUGGUCGUGGCUUCCUUGUCCUAAACACCCUUGGCUUGCUCCUCCUGAGGAGGAGGGUUACUUGUCACUUGAAAAGAUAUGCAUUUCCAGGCCAAAUGAGGAAGAAGAUAUUGAUCAAAUUAGUCAAAUUGACACGGGGAAGAAGAGACCUGUUGCUCAAGAAAUGAAGAUAUUCUUGAUGACGCCACAUUGGUUCAAAGCAAUCAUCAUGAAUUACAUUACUGUGACUUUCAUAUAGUGUACAGUAGUACAUUUAGGGUUCCAGUGCUAUAUUUUCGUGCUUACUGCAGCGGUAAGUUCUCUUGAUGCUGUCACUUCCUACCUCAAGAUAGUCAUUAUUUUCCAUGUCAACUUGCGAUAGAACAUACUCGUUGACAUAGUUUAGCUUGUUUGUAUGACUUAAAUGCAUGAUAUAUCUUAUAUUUGAGAAACCUAACUUGGAAUAAACUGAUGAUAUGUGCUCUUUCAAACUAAUGAUUUCUGUUUAUUUUUUAGAUUACCAUUUUCGUCAAUUACUUUUAGUUUGUUGCUAUGCGCUUGAGCAUUUGGGUUUAUAGUAGGUUCGUGUAUCCUCUUCUCAAAGAGCUAGUUUCAUAUCCCUUCUCUCUCCAAAUUUGGAUGGGGCUAAAAGACCAAAGAGAUAACAGUUAUACUCUAUGCUUUGCUGCAUGCUUUGUUAACUGAUCAUGAAAAUGGGUCAUCCGAUUUGAAGGAUUGAAAUUGUUCAAAAUAAACUGUUGCUUGUCUUGCAGCUGGGAAUUUAUAUCAUAUUCUAAACUUAUGGAACUCUCAGUUCCUGAAAAUUUGUGGUGGUCGUGUAAUGUAAUUAUGGAUCUCAUAAAUCUUGCUUAGUGUAUCUGAAAUGCAAGUCCUAGCAUUGAUUCAUGGAUGAAUUUAUGCUUUACAUGUUUUCAUUGUCUAUGAUCUGUUCACUUUUCAAUUGUCUUCAACAAAUAAUCUUGUGAAGGAUGAUAGGUGAUUCAAUUAUUGAUGGCUACAUGCUAACGAAAUUAACCUCAGACAAGUUUUGCUUUGCUAAGAUGUGAUUUGGCAACUUGAGGCUAUUAGAACUAACUUAGAGUAGGUGCUGAUAAGCUUAGUUAUUAGAAUUAUCUGUCAGUUGUCAUCAAACAGGGCACCAAACAAAUAAAGUCAUGUUCAUGUAAGCUUAACAGUAUGAAAUUUUAUUGCAGCAGGACAGACCCUGUGCUGAGGAAUCCCUUCAUAUAGCAUAAUUGCACCUUAUUGAAUAACAAAAGCUGUUAGUAGCAAGUAAUUGUUUAAUUAAGGGAUUAUGUCAGGUCAUUUGUAAUGCUUCUCUGGUUGGUGACUUUGUCUUAUAUAUAUAUAUAUAUAUUAGUAUCUGGUUUAUGUUGAUGGCGGACCAAGGAAACAGGUUGUCAUAUUCUUGCUUCCUUUGAAUGCAUGGGUUUAUGCAGGUGUAUAUAGAUGAAAUCUGGCUUUAAAUUAUUCGAUUCAAUAUUUAUUUGAAGAGUAUAAGUGAGAUAUAUAUUAUACCAUUUAUAGAUGGAAGACCUUUGCCAUUGGAUGAAAUAGAAAAGGAGCUCCCUGCAUGCGCUUCAAAGGAAUUGUCAAAAAAAUGGACAUUCAUAACUCAAGAGGAACAUCCAUACUUGAAAAGACCAUGGUACAAAUUACAUCCAUGUGGGACUGCUGAGUGGAUGAAGUUGCUUUUUCUCAGUGACACUGCUAACCCUAAAUUUGAAGUGGUGCUGGAACUAUAUCUUCUAUCAUGGUUCUCAGUUGUUGGCCAAGUGUUUGGUCUUAGAAUCUCUUUUAAAAUCUCAAACUAGGGCUGAUAGUCAAAUUUUACCGUAGGUUCUACCACCAUUGAAUCCCAUAUUACAAGUGUUUGUUCUAUUUUUCUUCAUCUUUUAAAUAUAAAAGGAUUGCUACAUCUUCCAGCUAGUUUGAGAACUCAAUUCUACCAAUACAUCAUAUCCAUACUGGAAAAUGAAAAGCAUACAUUAUAUGCAUAAUACAUAUAUAUAGUCCUCGUCAUCUAUUAGCUUCAAGCAGAGGUUAACUGGGGACGGGACAAUAUUAGACAUGAUGCACAAAAAAGAUCACAUGAAUGUAUGAAUCUCUCAAAAUCCAUGUAAAUGAAUAUAAAACGUGAUUAAACACGUCAAAACUGAAAUGUAUUAAACAUGAUUUAUGGCAUUACUAAAUACACAAACAAGACAAAUAUGCGAACUGUUAGUUCUAAGUAGAGCAGGGAUGACUAUGUUUAAGAAAGUAAAUAAAUAACUAAAUACACUGGCGGUUAAGCGUUGAGCUUGUGAUUAUUAUUAACAUGGAACUACUCAGCCACUGAUAGCAGUAAUUCCGCGACAGGGAAACACAAACCGAUAGCAGUAAAUAAAUAGCUAAAGACGAAUUAUUGUUUAAAAACCCAAAGGAAAUUUGUUAGCUGUUAUUUUGGUCUUUGAGCUUUUUCCUGGGAAAUUUAUCAGAUGAACCACGACAUUGAAACCAUUGCUUCCAGGAUUCCCAGUUGUAAUUAAUACAAUAUAUUAUGUUUUGAAGUUUAAUCUAUAAAUACGUGGUUCAAAUUUAUCGGUCAACUAAAAGAAGAAGAAUAUCUCUUAGCGUCAAGUCAACUGUUCAUGUUGGACUGAGUCACGCUGGGAGUCGGUCACGUAUAGUGUAGUCAAUCUCAUGUAUUCUUCGAAUCAUAGAUGAAGGAAUAAAGUAGUCCUUACAGGCAGACUAGAGUUUCGGAAAACUGCUUUUUGGCUGCAUGGAUUUCGCAAGAAAGGCUAAGUGGACCUUCUUUGUAGUUACAACCUUGUUUAGUCUUGUACAACCAUUGUCAACCAAUCAUACAAGUAUCAAUGAUACUGCCAUAGAAAUGAUUCAUGUAGGGUUGAUUCUUGAUGCGCAAUCUUGGGUGGGAAAAAUUGUUGAUAGCUGCAUUUCCAUGGCUAUAUCCGAUUUUUACAGUCAGAAUUGUCACUAUCAAACAAAACUAGUUGUGCAUACCAGAGAUUCUGGGGGUGAUCCGUUGCUUCUUCUAUCCCAAGCCUUGGUUCUCUUGGAAAAUUUCAAAUUGGAUGCCAUUAUUGUUGCGGAAAAUUCAGCUGGAGUGAAGAUUUUAGCGGAGUUGGGAUCUAGAGUAAAAAUUCCAAUUAUUUCACUCUUCGCAGCUGGUCUAUCUUUGUCCUCCUUUGAGUAUCCUCAUUUAAUUCAAAUUGGUGAAGAUGAGUCUUCUCGAGACAAAGCCGUCGCUGCCAUUGUUGAAGCAUUCAGUUGGAGAAGUGCUAUCCUCAUUUAUGAAGAUAAUGAUUCUGCAAGACCAAUCCUUUCUAGUGUGACUGGUUUUCGUCUUGAUCAGCAUGUUGCCCUUCUAACAUCAUCUACUGAUGAAGAAAUCGUUGAGCAGCUCAUGAAGCUCAGGAGUUUGCAGAUGACUGUAUAUGUGGUGCAUAUGUCACCUAUUCUAGCAUCUCGACUUUUCUUAAAUGCUAAACAGCUUGGAAUGAUGACUCAAGGGUAUGCUUGGAUAACAACUGAUAUGAUUACUAAUUUCAUGAAUUCAAUGGAUCCAUCAGUCUUUGAGUCAAUGCAGGGGGUGGUAGGAUUCAAACCUCACAUUCCGGCAUCAAAGGAGCUUCGCAGGUUCGCAAUCAGGUGGAGGAGUAAAAACUUGAAUGAAAAUAAAAAUUUAGAAGAAAUGGAGAUGAAUGUGUAUGGCAUAUGGAGCUAUGAUAUGGUUUGGGCUGUGGCAACAGCAGCGGAAAGGGUGAUGACUCGACAUCCUCAUAUCCUACACCAAGAAACCAGAUUGAAUAUGAACUUCACCACUAUUCGGUCCUCAGAAAGUGGUUUGGUAUUUAUGGAUGAGAUAUUACAGAGUAGAUUCAAGGGAAUAAGUGGUGGCUUUCAACUUACUAAUGGCAGGCUGAUCCCAAAGGAAUUACAAAUUGUAAACGUAUUCAAGGGAGAAAGGAUAAUUGGUUACUGGAAUCCAGGAAAUGGAAUCACCUCAUUGAUGAAGCAAGAAAACCAUAAUGAGACGAAUUUGACAUCAUCUAGUAAGCUUGAAAGUGUUAUUUGGCCUGGAGGAACUAUGAACAUUCCGAAAGGUUGCUCUCUACAUGGCAAGAGGCUGAGGAUUGGGGUUCCAGCAAAUAAUGGAUUCAGAGAAAUAAUUAGCGUGACUCGUGAUCCCCGAACAAAUGAAACAACUGUAACUGGAUAUUGUGUUGAUGUGUUUAAGGAAGCCGUUCAAAGUUUAGGUUACGAAGUACAUUAUGAUUUUAUCCCGUUUGAAGAUGCCAACGGACAAAUGGCAGGAACUUACAAUGAUCUUAUCCUUCAGGUUUAUUAUAAGAAUUACGAUGCUGUUAUGGGGGAUACAACGAUCCUUGCCAGCAGAUUCCCAUAUGUCGAUUUCCUGAUGCCUCUUUCCGGAGAUCUGUGGAUAACAACUGCUGCUUUCUUUAUUCUAACUGGACUUGUGAUUUGGUUUAUUGAACGUCCCAUCAAUGAGGAGUUCCAAGGCUCACUAUGUGAGCAAAUAGGAAUGAUCUUUUGGUACUCUUUCUCAACUCUUGUAUUUGCCAACAAGGAGAAGCUGUUGAGCCACUUGUCAAAGUUUGUAGUGAUAAUAUGGGUGUUUGUUGUGCUUAUUAUAACCUCAAGCUAUACUGCAACUUUGGCUUCCAUGUUAACAGUUCAACAGGUUGAAUUGAACUUAAAACAGGACUAUGUAGGUUAUCAUUGUGGUUUUUUGCUUUCAAGAGCCGUUAGCAACUUAAAUUUCAAAAAUCCCAGGUUAAAGCCGUACAAAUCUGCAGAAGAAUAUGCCGAUGCUUUAGGAAGGGGAAGUAACAAUGGUGGUGUGUCAGCCAUUGUUGAUGAAAUACCAUACCUUAAAGUAUUCCUUGCCAAGUACCCUUCUGAUUACACCAUUAGUAAAUCCAAUACUACAACAGGCGGUUUUGGCUUUGUUUUCCCUAAAGGUUCCCCACUUGUCCAAGACAUAUCGAGUGCAAUUAUGAGGCUAAGAGAGGAAGAAAAGCUGCAGUUGAUGGAAAAUAAAUGGUUUCGCAGUACUAAAUCAAUUUUCACAGACCAGGACACAAGAAGUAAUCCCAGCAGGCUAAACCUUCAUAGCUUUGGGGGUUUAUUUCUUGUUACUGGAAUCUCUUCAACUUCAGCUCUGCUCCUAUGCCUAUUUCAGAAAACUCGAGCCAUAAUAAUCCGUAAGUUCAAAUUCUUCCUCAACUCCAUGGACUCUGUAAAAGACUACUUGAAAGUUAGAUAUAUUACGACGCUUACCAUACUUUUUAACUAGUGGGCUACUGUGUACAAAUUUUAUAUUCUGUUCCUUUAUUGGGUUUGUAUAAUAACUGCAAUUUUAUGAUUUUUUUUUUUUUGGUUCUUAUUUUUCAAAAAUAAUGUUUAUUUUUAUAUCAAAAUAUGGGAACUGGCAAGUGGGUUACAACAGUAUGUAGGAACUGGCAAGUGUUUGUAUGUAUAAUAGCCUCACGGUGGGCUGUUAAGGAUGGUCUAUCUAUCGCAUGGGAUCGCGGAUAGAAGAAAGUUAUAGUCGAAAGUGAUAGCAUGAGAAUGGUACGGCAAAUCUCUGAUUCUUCCAAGCAAAUACACUCCCUGGCGUGAGUUCGUAAUGAGGUAAGGCUACUAAACAUCUCAAGGGAUGCAAACAGAGUAGCAGAUAAUGUAGCAAAAGUUGAGGCUGUCAGUGAUGCCACUCUACACUGCUUCGAGCAACCAUUGCCAGGGUCUUGCAUGCUGCUUAGAAAUGAUGUUUUUUUUAUUAUAUUAUACAUUGGUAUUGGAGUCUUUUUAACAGA